AUGUACGGCUCCGGAGGCAAGAAGUCGCUCUUUGGCGGCAACCUUCCAGCCCCGAACAACUCGGCAGCGCCGCUACUGAGCGCACAGGACCGCUCGUUGCUGGUGUCUGUUUGCGGCGACACUUGGGAACAUGAGCAGUAUGCCUGUUGUGACGGCACCCAACUCAAUGAUCUCCAGACACAGCUUCACAAGGCAGAGCCACUGAUCAGCUCGUGUCCCGCCUGCAAAGACAACUUCUUCCAGCUGUUUUGCCACUUCACGUGUUCCGCAAACCAGUCCACAUUUGUCAACGUGACGAGGACCGGCACCUCGCUGUCGGGCUCACCAGUCGUGGCCGAGGUUGAUGUGCAGAUGGACGCAGCAAUGGCUGCCCAGUUUUACGACUCGUGCAAAAACAUCAAAUUCAGUGCCACUAACGGAUACGCCAUGGACCUUAUAGGAGGAGGUGCCAAGAACUACUCGCAAUUUCUUAAGUUCUUGGGAGAUGAGAAGCCGAUGCUGGGCGGUUCGCCGUUCCAGAUCAACUUUCACACCCAGAACGAGUCCGAGCUGGUGCCGCUGGCGCUGCCGUUCCAUGCUUGCGACGACGAAGACGAAAACUACAGAUGCGCCUGUGCAGACUGUCCCGGCUCGUGUCCCGCGCUGCCCGAGCUCAAACGACAAGAGUCCUGUCGAGUCGGUGUGCUCCCGUGCUUCUCGUUCUCGGUCGUUUUGGUGUACUCGCUCGGUCUCGCCUUGUACAUCGGGCUCUACGCUGUGGCCGUGGCGCGGUCGCGCUCGCAGUCGCUGUUGCUCGACCAGCUCGAGUCUCCGGCGUUUGCGGGCUCUGAAACCGAACUGCUCGAGGGUUCCGACGACCAGUUCGACAACUUCGACCACUACGUGGCCAAGGACUCGUACAUUAUCAACAAUGUGUUGGAGAAAUGGUUUGCCAAGCUGGGCCUCAAGUGCUCGCAAAGCCCGUGGGUUGUGAUUGGCCUGUCGCUUGGCGCAUCCGUGCUGCUCUCGCUGUUUGUGUUCAUGAUCCAGCUCGAGACUGACCCGGUCAACCUCUGGGUCAGCCCGACCUCUGCCUCGUACCUCGAGCGCAAGGUGUUCGACGAGAGUUUCGGUCCAUUUUACAGGACACAGCAAAUCAUUCUUGCCAAUCGUACCGGCGACUCUGUGCUCCAGGACUACCGAGCCAUCGAAUGGUGGUUUGCAAAAGAGCAGGAAAUCGCUGCUUUGACAGUCCAGGUCGAUAACACGACUGUCGCGUACGACGACCUGUGUUUCAAGCCCCUGGGCGAGACGUGCGCGCUGGAGUCCUUCACACAGUACUUCUACGGCGACAUCGGCCAGCUGCCCGAGAGCUCGUGGCAGAGCAAGAUCCAGGACUGCGCAAACUCGCCUGUCAACUGUCUACCGUCGUUCGGCCAGCCACUCAAGCCGCAGCUUGUGUUUGGUGGCUUCAGCGACUCGGUGUUGUCCGCCAAGGCGCUGGUGGUCACGCUGCUGCUCAACAACAACAACGAUCCGCACGAUCCUCAAAUCAGGAACUCCUUGGCAUGGGAAGCCGUGCUUGAAAAGUUUCUGACCGAGUUGCAGGUCGAGGCACGUGAUCAUGGACUUGAAAUCAGCUUCAGUACCGAGCUCUCUCUUGAAAAGGAACUCAACAAGUCCACCAACAGUGACAUCCGCAUUGUCGUCAUCUCGUAUCUGGUGAUGUUUGCAUACGCGUCGAUCGCUCUGGGCAGCGGCGGCCAGAAGCACCAGAUGAAAGUUGAGUCUGGCUCGCCGCUUGCAUUUCUGAUCCGCACUCGUUUUGGCCUUGGUCUCGUGGGUAUCUUUAUUGUACUGCUUUCGGUGGUCGCAUCGGCGGGAUUCUGGAGUUUGUUCGGCCUCAAAUCGACGCUCAUCAUUGCAGAGGUCAUUCCGUUCCUUGUGCUGGCCAUUGGCGUCGACAAUAUCUUCCUCAUUGCCAACGAGCUCCACAACUGCAACCAUCUCAACUACAACAACGACGACAUCCAUGUGCGCAUAUCCAAGACAAUGGCCAAAAUCGGGCCCAGCAUCGUCCUCAGCACCUCGUGCCAGUUCAUCUGCUUCCUUCUUGCCAGUUCCGUCGGGAUGCCUGCCGUGAAGAACUUUGCGCUGUACUGCGCUCUCGCUGUCGUGCUCAACUCGGCGCUGCAGCUUACUGCGUUCGUUUCUGUGCUCUCACUCGACCAGCAACGCGUUGAAGACUUGCGUCUAGAUUGUCUGCCGUUCAUCAAGCUGGACGGCAAUUACCAUCCGGUCUCGCUGCCUGAGGACACUCCGGACAACCAGGAGGGCCUAUCGCAGCUGCUCGAAUACUCGAACGACAACAUCUUCAACAAGUUUGUGCGCAACUACUAUGCUCCGUUGUUGUUUGACCGCAGGGUGGUUAAAUGGUGUCUGGCCUUUUUCGCCCUGCUGCUCGGCGUGUCUCUGUCGCUACUGCCAGGAAUUGAGCUAGGAUUCGAUCAGCGCAUAGCCAUCCCGUCCGACUCCUAUCUGAUUGACUAUUUCAACGCUGUCUACAAUUAUCUUGAAGUGGGGCCUCCAAUAUACAUGGUUGUGUCCUCGCUGGACGUCACAAAGCUGGAAAAUCAGCAAAAGCUUUGCGGAAGAUUCACCACUUGCGACGAGUACUCUUUGGUGAACGUGAUGGAACAGGAGUACAAACGCGGGGAGCUGAGCACCGUUAGCGACCCUGUUACUAGCUGGAUAGAUGACUUUCUGCUCUGGCUCAACCCUGAUCUCACAGACUGCUGUCGGUUGAAGAAAUCGAACAAGUCUGAGUUUUGUACCCCGAACAUACCCUCCAGACAAUGUGCGGUGUGCUACGAGGACAAAGAGUGGAGUUUCAAGAUGGAAGGGUUUCCUGAGAACGAAACCUUUAUAAAAUUCUUCAAUCAGUGGAUUGAGUCGCCUUCUGACCCGUGUCCCCUCGGAGGAAAAGCUCCAUAUUCCAGCUCAAUUUUGCAGGACAAAAAUGGCGCGAUUGUGCGGUCCGCCUUCCGCACGUCGCACGUGCCGCUGAGGUCGCAAGAUGACUUUAUCAGCGCAUAUCACCAGUCCCUACGCAUCGUCAAGGAAAUUAAAGCCCGCAUGGAUCUAGACAUCUUUGCAUACUCGCCGUUCUACAUUUUCUUUACGCAGUAUGAGACGAUCGUCUCACUGACGUUCAGACUACUUCUCUCGGCGCUGAUUCUCGUCUACGUGACCAGUUCGUUCCUCCUUGGCUCGUUCCGAAACUCGACAAUUCUUGUGGUGAACAUUGUCUCAAUCCUUGUCAACAUUGGCGGAGCAAUGACUCUAGGUGGCAUCUCGUUGAACGCCGUUUCGCUCGUCAAUAUUCUGAUCUGUCUGGGCCUGUCCGUGGAGUUCUCCAUCCACCUGGUCAAGGCGUUCAAUUUUACCGAGGACGAUGCCAAGUCAGACCCUUUCUCGAGAGCGUACAACGCUUUGAUCUUUAUUGGGGGGUCGACUCUGAGCGGAAUCACGCUGACGAAACUGAUCGGGAUUGUUGUCCUAGGCUUCACACGGUCCAAAAUAUUCCAGAUCUACUAUUUCCGCAUGUGGUUCAGCCUGAUCGUGCUAGCAUCGCUACACUCCCUGGUGCUGCUGCCGCUGUUGCUGAGCAUCUUUGGUGGAAAAGGCUACCAGGUCUCGAGCUUCGCCAACACCAACAGUCCAGAGGUGGUGAGACGUCUACGUCAGGAAGAAAAUGUGUCAUAG